UCCAACCACUCCGAGCAUGCGCAUUAUCACGGAUCCACUCAACUUCGCUGCCGCGCUCUGUAUUCGCCAUAACUGGGAACCGGGGGAACGGUUUUGGGCUCACGGAGUGCCUGUUGCCGGGUGAAUCAGAAUGGGAGACAAGCCGAUUUGGGAACAAAUAGGAUCCAGCUUCGUGCAACACUACUACCAGUUGUUUGAUACGGACAGGACUCAACUUGGAGCAAUAUAUAUCGAUGCGUCAUGCCUUACAUGGGAGGGACAGCAAUUCCAGGGAAAAGCAGCGAUUGUCGAAAAACUCUCUAGCCUGCCCUUCACAAAAAUUGCCCACAGCAUAACAGCACAAGACCACCAGCCCACUCCUGAUAGCUGCAUAUUGAGUAUGGUAGUAGGACAACUAAAAGCAGAUGAAGACCCUAUCAUGGGAUUCCAUCAGAGCUUCAUUCUGAAGAACAUUAAUGAUGCAUGGGUGUGCACCAAUGACAUGUUCCGGCUGGCGCUGCACAAUUUCGGCUAAAACGCUCUUAAAGUUAGCAGGAGGGAUACGGGGAAAGUGGAGGAUGGGGAGUGGGGCGGAAGCCCCUGUGACGCCCGAACCUUCCAGUUUGCCCCUUCAUUCAUCACUCUCCAAGAAAUAGCACCGGAUUUCAGAAGCCAGUCACCGCAAAACAUGCAGGCACAUACCACCUCUACAAACAGAUACGAGAUGUGUUCCUUUACUGAAAGCCCACAGAUCCAUCGAAGUGACCCUUGCCCACCCAACGCUGACCUGCAUGAUGCUGGGGAGCCUGAGUUUCAGGGGACAUCCUGGCAAGGAGGAAAAAAAAAAAGACAUAUUAACCCUAACCUCUGCCGUUUAAUCUUUAUAUUUUAGUUGUUGAUUUGACUUUGAAAUAAUAACCAUGUCUUACUGUCUUCUUUGCUUUAGUCCAGAGUGUGUUAUCGGCUUGCUUUUAGAGUAUGCACUUAAUUUGUUAUCUGGCAGUUUGAAUCUCCAUUCAUUGUGGUGUCAGGUUACUCUAGCUAUCCAAAGAACCAUUAAAGCGAUCAGCUAUCCCUCUCUCUUCUCUGACCAGUGUGCUCCCCUUCUCUUGCUCACUGUUCUCUGUGACAAUAAUUCCUGAAGCCACGAUACACAAUAAAAUCUUUGACUUUUUCUUAACAAAGUCAUCAUCUUGUUCCUCCA